GAAAUAAGUAUUGAACGUGUCAACAUUUUUUUCAGUAAAUAUAUUUCCCAUGAAGCUAUUCACAUGACAUUUUCACCAGACAUCAGUAUUAACUCAAGAAAUCUGGAAAUAUAAGGAAUUCACAACAUUAAAGUCCAUAAAUAAAGUUAUGUGUAAUAAAGUGGAAUGACACAGGAAAAAAGUAUUGAACACACUAAGAAAAAGCAGUUCUCCAAGACAAGGAACCAGCUGAAAUCUGUAAGUAAUUAUAUACCCCUUAUCUGUGCAAAUUAAUAUCAGCUGGGUUAGUAAAUUGAUGGUCUAUAAAAAGGCUUUUCUUUACCAAGGUGUCACACAAGAAACAUCUCAUGAUGGGUAAAAGUAAAGAGCUCUCCCAAGACCUUCACAACCUUAUUGUUGUGAAACAUAUUGAUGGAAUCAGAUACAGACUUAUUUCAAAACUUCUGAAUCCUCCAGUAAGCACCAUUGGGGCCAUUAUCAUAACUCCAUCAUCAACCGGCCACACACAGGAGCUCAUCGCAAGAUUACUGAAGAGGGAGUCAGAAGAAUAGUCAGAAGAGUAGCCCAAGAGCCAAGGACCACUCGGAAAGAGCUCCAGAAACACUUGGAGGCAGCAGGUGCCAUCGUCACAGAGAAAACUAUAGGCAAUGCAGAAGAAAUGGCACUGCACAUCAACCUAAAAACACUACACCAACAGAGAAGUCUGGAGGUGGAAGCAUCAUGGUGUGAGGCUGUUUUUCAUCACAUGGUACUGGGAGACUUCAUAUAAUUGAAGGAACGAUGAAUGGAGCCCUUUACUGGUAGAUUCUUGAGAAGAAUCUGCUGCCAUCCACCAGGAUGAUGAAGAUGAGACGUGGGUGGACCUUCCAGCAGGAAAACGAUCCAAAGCAUACAGCAAAGGAAACUCUCAAUUGGUUUCAGAGAAAUAAAUCAAGGUGUUAGAAUGGCCCAGUCAAUCACCUGACUCGAAUCCAACUGAACAAGAUUUAAAGACAAUAUGUUUAGAAGAACGGAACAAAAUCACACCUGAAUACUGCGGAACAUUAAUCUCUUCAUACAGGAAGCGUCUUGAAGCUUUAUUACAAACAGUUCAGUUGAAUCUCUUCCUGUUAAUACAGAUAUGUACACAUGUUCAGAAAUUUGCUGGAAAUAAAAGCAGUCCAGUGUAAGAGGACGUUUCUUUUUCUUUUUUUUUUUUUUGGCUGAGUUUAUUUGUAGCCUACAUUUUUAAAGGAGUUUAUAGAGCGUGUUAUGUGAUUAUAGUGGUGUGAGUUAUGUUUAACUCAAGUUAAAUAUGAUACGCCUGUUUAUGGAGUCGUAUCACAGCUUCAGAACACACACACACACACACACACACACACACACACACACACAGCUGCGCUUUAUUUUAGGGCACUAAUGAGAGUAGAAAAGCUGUUUGGGACUGAAACCGAAGGGAGGCGUGGUGUGGGCGUGGUUUCACCGAAGGUGGGAGGUCAUACACACACCCACACCCACCAACCCAUCCAUAAACACACACACACUCUCAGUAGCGCGCUCGUGCAGUGUCCGGAGUGUAAGGGUUCCUGGUUCGCGCGCGUUGGGAACGAGAUGAACUUUUCCGAGAGUUUGGAGUUUUGGUCGCUGAGAGUAGAAGAGUAAAACUUUGAUUUGAUCUUAUUUCUUUUUACGGAGAGGUUUUAAACGUGCACCACGAUGAUGAGGAUGAGGAAGAGGAUGAUUUGCGCGCUCCUGGUUGCGUGUUUAUGCGCGAGCGCAGUUGCGCAGUACUCCAGUGACCAGUGCAGCUGGAGAGGGAGUGGUCUGACUCACGAGGCUCACGCCCGGGAUGUAGAGCAGGUGUACCUGCGUUGCUCUGAAGGUUCUCUCGAGUGGCUUUACCCCACCGGUGCCAUCAUCGUGAACCUCAGGCCCAACACGUUUCCCGAAGCGGGUGCUGAAACGCGACUGAGCGCCUGCGUGAAGCCCCGGGCCGAUACUCGCGGAGCCAGCAUGUUCGUGGAGCGAGCGGGAGUGAUGCGAAUGCUGCUGAGCGAGGAAGAGCAGGCGGCCGGCCGAGUCCGCUGCUUUAGCCUCGACGAGGGUGCGCUGUUCGUUCAGGCUUCGACACACACAGACAUCAGCAAGAGGGUCACCGCCUUUCAGUACGAACUGAUCAGAGGAGAGCGAGCGACAGCAGGAGAGACGCUUUCAACUACAGAUCCGUGUACACCCUGCACUGACGAUGAGAUUCUCAUGGCUGUCUGCACCAGUGACUUCGUGGUGAGAGGCAGCAUUGAGUCAGUCGUGGAUGACGGUGAUGACGAGCAGCAGGCCUCAGUGUUGGUGUCAGUGAGUCGGCUGUAUCGGCAAAAGCGACGUGUUUUUGAGGGACGAGGGCGCAGCCGGUGGUCAGGACGCGUACGGGUCCCACGGCGUUGUGCCAUCCAGGUGGAGCAGGGAUCGGAUUCAGGGGUGGGACAGUGGGCGGGGCUGGAGGAGUUUCUGUUCACGGGAGCCGUGAGAUUUGGCGAGGCGCGGCUCGGCUGCGCUCUUCAAUAUCGAGACUUUUUACUGAUGUACCAGGCUGCCGUUGAAUCAGGACGCAACCCCUGCCAUAUGGACGUAAACUGAGAACACAGACGGGAUCACGUGUACAAUCAAUUUUGUUGUCAAUGAAAGACCCGCUCCAAAUUUAUGAUCUUUGGUUCCUACAAAGAUGAAGCUGGGGCCGGGGGGGGUUGUAAUGAACGGCACGCUGUGUGUUGUUUAUGGCUGUUCAGAGCCGAUAUGAAGGAUCAAAAGACUCAAAACCUGAGACUGGGUGUGUAUUAUCAGAGCUUUUCCGCCGAACAUUGUGUAACGUCACAGCUCGAUACCGUAAAAACAUAUAUUGUUUUGCAAUACUCAUUUUCAGUUUCUCAUCAAGGUACAAAAUAUCCUCUGUUUUCACUAAAAUUUAGGUAUUGACCCCCUGGCUGUCAUCAUGAUCAAUACUUCAGCCUGUGAGGUGAAAUGGACGACAGUGCGACAGAAUUUUCAGAAUGUUUCAAAAAGAAUCCAUUUCUGAAUUUUUAUGCAGUAUUAACUAAUCAUGUUGGCAUUUAGGUCAAUAUUCAAACAUUUUUAGUGGCCCCUUUUUAUUAACUGCAGCUCUAGUAGAGUCUGGAUCAGCAAAUAUAACAACUUCCAUCUCAACUUUAUUCAAAGGUAGGAAAGUCCAUCAUUUAAUAGCCCAGAGACAAUCAAAGGGAAGUUGCAAAGAGAGAUUUUCAAGAGUAUGAAAUAGGUCAAAAUUCAACUGUAUAGGACCCACAAUGGAGCCCUGAGGUACACCGCUCUGUUUUUUGGUUCCAAAACUUGUAAAAUUUGCUUAGUAAUUUACUAAUCGUGCUAACCGUUAGUCAUCACAACCAAGGCGUGAUAUGACAUGGAUAGUCCUCGGUUAGAGCCAUACCGUGCCACACUGUUCAGAGGAAAAGCGUGUGUGUGUGUGUGUGUGUGUGUGUGUGUGUGUGUGUUGGUGUGUGUGAGACCUCUUAUACAUGUGUAUACCUGGGCUGUCAUAACAACACAUCCUGUACGAUUCCAGCUAGGUCUGAGUCCACUAUGGAAAGGUUUUAAUUCGAUUAGUAAUGAAAAAUACACGCAAUUCUGAAAUGUUUCAUUUCUUCCAGAAACAGUGUGCCCUUAUUGGCCACGGCUGCGAGAUUGAAUUGAUCUCGGAUUUAAACAAUAUAUCCUAGACAAAGAUCAAUCCGAGAACCGAUCAAGUAAACUGUUUCUGAGAGUCGGCUUAACCCGAGAGUCAUGUAUGACCUUGUGUUUAAGACCAGAUGAUGGGAAACAGUGCAGGUGGUUCAGGAUGUUGUGUGUCUCACAGUGUCGUGUCGGUCCUGUUGUACAGCGAGAGGACUUUUGUCGCUGCUUUUGUUAGAAAGCUUUCUGUAUAGUUCAGUCGAUUCUUCUGACUGAGUUUUAAGUUCUUUAUUGUUCGUGCAUAUAGGUGUUUGUGUGUGUGUGCGUGUGAGUGUUUGUACAGGUUUUUUUCCUCUCAGGCAGUAUGAAUAAAACACUUUCAGAAACUAAAAGUGUCAAAUUCGUAUCUGUGUGGAAGCUGUAUUAUUCUCUCCCUCAUGGGGCAAAACUGUUGGCACCCACAGAGAAAGUGCAUUGUUAUGUAUAUAUGCGUAUUGGGACUGUAAUUUUGCUGUCCGUAUGGGGGUAUUAAAGUACAGCUCAUUGUGUGUGUGUGUGUGUGUGUGUGUG